AUGGCUGACGAAAAGUCCCCUGUAAAAGGAGGAUUCUUCCAUUUCUCGGCUCAGUACGGAAUGGCCGCUGACAAUGUUAAGAACUUCCAGAUUGUAUUGACCGACGGAACGAUUACGGACGCAAAUACGAAAGAGUACUCUGAUCUCUUCUGGGCCCUGAAAGGCGGGGGUGCCAACUUUGGUGACUCUACCAACAAAAUCGCAGAUGGAAUUGACUCGCAAAGCUAA